AUGGGACGGGUGCUAUUAAAUCCUGUAGGUGAUUUUUAUACCAACUUGGCGCAAACUUGUGUGGACGCAGGUUGUAGCGUCGACAUUUUCCUUUUCCCUUCUUCAUACGUCGAUUUGGCUACAAUUGCGGAAGUCCCAAAGAUCACGGGUGGACACAUUUUCAAAUACACCUGUUUUCAGGCUGAUCUUCAUGGCGAACAAUUUUUGUCUGACCUCAGUCGAGCUGUCGCGCGUCCGAGGGCCUUUGAUGCCGUACUCCGUGUUCGAACAAGCACUGGAACACGACCUGUCGAUUUUCUUGGCAGACACUUGAUGCGUAACACAACAGAUGUCGAACUUGCCUGCAUCGAUGACGAAUCAUGUCCUGUCACUGUGGAGAUAAAGCAUGAUGACAAAUUAUCCGAAGGAGACAUUGUUUAUAUUCAGGAUAAAUGA